CUGCAACUCACUCAUUUUGCAGCACUCCCCAAAUCAGCUGUUGUGACACUUUGCCGGUUUUGCCAUUCGCUUGUCAACGUUAAUGUGUGCUUUCGCGCGGCAAUAUUGGAAAACAAAUUUGAGCAACUUGUUUAUUUUAAAAUAAAAAAGUAAAUGAAAAUGUCAAAUUCAGUCAUAAAGGAAAUCAACGGCGACUUAUUUAGCGCUGGCGCUGAAUAUUCAAUGUGCCAUUGUGUGGCCGCUGACUUGCGUAUGGGCAAAGGAAUUGCUGUUAAAUUUCGCAACAAAUUUGGUCAAAUAGCUGCAUUGCAGCAGCAAAAUGUGAAACCUGGAGGCGUGGCCAUAUUGCAGUAUCAAGGACGCUACAUUUACAAUCUGAUUACCAAACAGAGGAGCUGGGGCAAGCCGACAUAUCAAUUGCUCCACAGCUCGUUGAGCGCCAUGCGCGAGCAUAUGCUAAAGCAUAAUGUGGAGAAGUUGGCGUUGCCUCGCAUCGGUUGCGGUUUGGACGGACUUAAUUGGAUCAAUGUAAAAGACAUGCUGCGUGAGAUUUUUGAGGCUGACGCCGUUGAGCUUGUUGUGUAUAAUUAUGUGCCAGGCACUACAACAUAAUAAAGAGGCAGUAUAAUUAAUUUUAAGAGAUUUCUAUUGCGGCGGUACGUAGUUGUAAACAACAAUUUCCACCUGCUCCUUGCCAAAGACCUGCUCGAGCAAUGCGCUGACUUUGUCCCACUCCAGGCCAUCGAUGCCACAGCCAAUGCGCGGAAUGGCCAGCUUAUCAAUCUGGUUCUUAAGCUGCAAAAGAAAU